ACGCCCCUUUGCACUUGAUCAGUUUGAAGGAUAUAACGGCCGAUGAAAGAAGACAGAUUGCCCUUCUGGAACAGAAACUAGAUAGAGCAAAAAGAUCCGGAUACUCAUCGGGAUCAUCCGGGUCAGGAUCAGGAGAUAUUUUAAACGCUAUAAAAAACGCUAUUGGUAAUGGUAUCAAGAAAAAAGUAGGACAAUUAGCAAUGGCAUCAGCAUCUGCUUCUGGAGCGUUCAGCAAAUCUAGUAGCAGCGGAGGCGAUCAUUCUCACCCGCAUGAGUAUUACGAACAUCAUCCACAUCCACCGCCACAAUAUGAGGGUCACAGCUCCCAUAGCUCAUUCGAUUUCUGGGAUCUCAAGAAAUCAGUCCUCAACACACUGCUUCAGGCCGUCAAAGCCAUCAAAGGUGGUGUCAUAGCUGUCAAAGGACAACUAAUAAAAGGCGGAGGCAAGUUGGUGUCAGCUUCUGGUCAUCUAGUAAGUUCACAGGGAGACUCUAUCACCAAUCUUGGAAAGCAAAUAGCAACUAGUGCUAUAUUAGUGCCAUGGAUGGGGUCAUCGGGAAAAGGGCAUCCACAUGUAGAAUACGAAUCAGAUCACCAUUACACAGCACCAAGUGCUUCAGAGGAUUUGUACCAUCACGGCCAUCACUCAGAUCACCACGAAGACUAUCACGUUCCAGAACACUAUCCACCACCUCAUCGAGCAGAUGCAGCUGGGUUAUUGCUCCUAAAGAAAGUGACAAACCGUGGCAGUCACAAUCAUCAUCAACCGGAUCACUACGCAUCACCGUCAGACGUCAGCCCCCACCAAACAUCUCCUAGUUUCGGUACUAUAAUUGGUAAACUAUUGUCAGCAUCCUCAUCACUCGAUCCCCACAAACCUGACUUGUUCGGAAACCGACCUGUAGAACACGAGUCUCACGAUAGUUAUCAGGCGUAUGUGAUACCAAAUGAUAAAGAGAAUGAGGUUAUACAUGCAGCUUCUGGUGUGGUUAAUCAACAAGUUGUUGCCUCUAACGUUCCAAAAGUCGUACAUAAAAAACCUACCUAUGUGGCUCCGGUUAAAGAUGACUCUAUUUUCGAAGACCCUCCUGAAGAUUUGAAUGAAAAUUUCGACAUAACUUCCCAUCAUAAAAUACCAGUUUCACAUCAGAAUAAUCCUUAUCUUAUAGAUUCUGAACACAAUGACUUUAAUGUUGAUCCCCGAGGACAAUCUGGUCCGGCUUCUUUUCAGUCUGUAGCAAAUUCGUUUGAUGUAACCCUAGACGAAGCCAAAGAUAUCAUUUCAACUAGUCCAUAUCUCUCACCACCUUCCAAAAAUCAACAAAUUGCGACAGAUUUUAGUUCAGACGAAUCCGAAAAUGAUGAAAUGCAAGCAGCUUCUGACUCUAAAUACACUCGAUUUCCCGAAGACAGUAAUCCAAGCUCCCUUAAAUUAAAACCUUCUCCUUAUUUAGAAACGCCUAUAGUAAAGUACUUUCUACCAACACCCAGUGAUCUACUCCCAGUCAAAGUUAACUAUGCCCCUAUGGCUUUUUACAAGAACCCCUCCAAACAAUCCUCCAACCGGAGCCCCAGCUACAAAAAACAAUCUUCCCACAAAACCUCUAAACACAAGCAUCAAAACCAUGAUCUUGUCCAAUCUAUUUCCUAUGAAUUAGGACCAAACGGACCUAAAAGACUGACGUAG